AACAGCGUACAAAUAUCAAUACUACAUUAAAUUACUACAAUCAACAAACGCGAACCGAAAUAUCAAAAAAGUUAUUACAAAGCAGUCUCAGCGGGAAAGAAAGUUCACAACAGAAACAAACAUACAUACAUUUACUUGGUAUAUGAGCAUCGCAACUUCACUAAAUAAAUCAAACCACAAAGGACUAGGAAAAUGGAGACUCCGCGACGAGUGACGCGUAAUAUGCACAUGCAAAAUAUCCAGAAGAUUAGUACCCCUUUGCGUAUACCACCAUCACCAUUUAUGAAGAAUCUAGGUUAUGGCACAGGCGUUAACGUUUAUAGAUUGGAACGUUCGCCUAAAUGUGGGCAAAUGCGUUCACCUUGGGCUGUAAAGCGUAUUUCCAAACGCGCUAACGAGCACGCGGAGCUAUUUAAUUCACGCAUUCAUGAUGAAGCAGAAAUUUUAAGAAAACUUUCUCAUCCAAAUAUUGUGGGAUUCCGGGGCGCUAUUAAAAGUGAUGAUGGGCUAGAAACUUUGGCCUUAGAAUGUUGCAAAACAUCAUUGGGUACAAUAUUAGAAGAUCGCAACGAAGAGAACCUGGGACCUUUACCAGCAAAAUAUACUCUAAAAAUGAUAGCUGAUAUAGCUCAUGCCUUAGAUUAUUUGCAUACGAAAGCCAAGAUAUUGCAUGGCGAUUUAAAAUCUUUCAAUGUGUUGGUAAAAGGAGAUUUCGAAAUUUGUAAAUUAUGCGAUUUUGGCGUUAGUUUGCCAUUAGACGAAUAUGGGCUGAUUAAUUUCACAAAAAAUCCGCAUUUACGUUAUGUUGGCACGAACCUGUGGUCGGCACCUGAGGUAAUGGAUGAUUCCGAAAUUAUUGACUUCAAAGCUGAUAUUUUUAGUUUUGGUCUUAUCAUCUAUGAAACGGUAUCUCUAGUACCGCCACACACAUUGGAUACAGUAGAUGAUGAAAACGACGAAGCUAACAACACGGUCGGAUCCUCUAAAACUAGUGACUCAAGCGAUAAGAGCUGUGCUACGGCGGGAUCUGAAGAUUACGAGCUUGAACGUGUCGACAGAGCAUGCGGCACACGCCCACCCCUACCGCAAGCAUUUCAUUUAACAGAUGAUUACAAUCGAAUUAUAGAGUUUUUUUAUUGUUGUACAAACGAAUUGCCAGAAGAUAGACCACCAGCAAAAAUAAUUUGGUCUUCUUUGGAAAAUGAAAAUAGCGAUAACAAUGGUAAUGAGAAAAUGAAGAGUAGUACUAAAUAAUUAGAAUAACUUUAAGAACACAUACAUUGAAUUUCAAGCAAAUUUGAUUAUAUUGACUUAGUUUAGGAUUAACUGACUAUAAGGG